GAUAAGGAAACAGAGCCAAAGAACAAUAAACUUCCGCCCACGCCCCAAAAAUUCUCUGUACCAAUUUCUCAAAAAAACAAUGAGCUUCUUUUCACUAACAAGUGUUUGCAGUUCCUUGGCAGUUAAAUCCACAAGCUUGACAGUGCAGUUGGGUUUUCAGUCGAAUGAAAGUAAUGGCUUCCCAGGAGGCUUUGUUUCAUCUCUUAAAAAAACAAAAAUUAAGAAGUUUUCUAUAGCUUGCUCUUCUUCUACUACUGAUCCAUUGUUGGUUAAGGCUGCGAGAGGAGAUCCUGUAAGUCGGCCUCCUGCAUGGAUGAUGCGGCAGGCAGGAAGGUAUAUGGCUGCUUACAGAAAGCUUGCAGAGAAACACCCAUCCUUCAGAGAGAGGUCAGAGACAACUGAUCUCAUUGUGGAAAUUUCUUUGCAACCUUGGGACGCUUUCCGUCCUGAUGGAGUGAUAAUUUUCUCUGAUAUACUUACACCACUGCCUGCAUUUGGUGUCCCAUUUGACAUUGAGGAAGUUAAGGGUCCUGUUAUUCAGUCACCAAUUCGCUCUCAGGAUGGCUUGAGGGCAUUGCAUCCAAUUGACUUGGAGAAACUACAUUUUGUUGGGGAAUCCCUUAAGAUUUUGCGCCAGGAGGUUGGAGAUCAUGCUGCAGUGCUGGGUUUUGUUGGAGCACCUUGGACAAUUGCCACAUAUAUGGUAGAGGGAGGUACAACCCGCACUUAUACAACCAUAAAGAGUAUGUGCCACACGGCACCAAAUUUAUUGAGGGCUCUUCUUUCUCAUUUGACAAAGGCAAUAUCUGAGUACAUUAUUUACCAAGUCGAAUCUGGUGCACAUUGCAUACAAAUAUUUGAUUCAUGGGGUGGACAACUACCACCUGAUGUGUGGGAGCAAUGGUCUAUGCCUUAUAUAACAGAGAUUGUGAGUGUAGUACGGACUAAAUACCCUAAAACACCUCUUGUUCUCUACAUUAACGGAAAUGGUGGGCUCCUUGAGCGCAUGAAAGGAACUGGUGUUGAUGUGAUUGGACUUGACUGGACAGUGGAUAUGGCUGAUGGAAGGCAGCGUUUGGGUAACGAUAUCAGUGUGCAGGGAAAUGUGGACCCUGCUUACUUGUUUUCUCCGCUUCCAGCAGUGACAGAGGAAAUUCAAAGGGUUGUUAAGUGUGCAGGAACACGGGGGCACAUUCUUAAUUUGGGUCAUGGCGUUCUAGUCGGGACACCUGAAGAAGCUGUUGCACAUUUCUUUGAAGUCACAAAAAGCUUGAAGUAUGAAAGUUCAUCUGAAAAUCAAGCCAUGGAGGAAUCAAAAUUGAGGUUCUAAAAUUCAAGGCACUAUUCCUGAGGUUUUUUUUUUUUUUAUCAAUGACAAAUACAGAAGCAAUUUGUAAGCCAACAGGAUGCUAUGUCUUGCUUUUAGGUUUUUCUCUUUCUUUCAUAUUGUCAACUUGUUGUUUUGCAGCUAACAUAAUCCUGCCAGGUGAAGUUGUCCACUCUAUAUGCAAUUUUAUUGAUUCUUAUGAACCUUGAGAUCAUUGGUUCGCUAUUAUUCCUUCCUCAUCCAUCCUCCAACCCCUCCAAAGCUAAUGAAUAAAUCCAAGUAUCCAACAAAAGGGAAGACCUAAAUCCAUUUCCCUUUCUUUUUGUUUUUGUUUUUUUGUUUUUUGUUUAUUUCUGUGUUUUUCUUUAGUAUGUUAGUUGUCCACAAGAAUGUAUUACCAGUUUGAAGUUUCUCAUGUAUUUGUAGGGUAGUUACCACUGUUUAAUGUUAUUGGCUGGGAGCGUUAAUUACUAUUUUAAUAGCAGGCUAGCAGCUGACCACAGAUAAAGAAAAUUAUCAGUUUACUUCUCGUAAGUAAUCUUUUUUGUAGAUUUUGAUCGCAAGUUGCAGACCUCCAGAGAAUUUAUGAAGCUGAGGCCCUUCCUGCAAAGGGGAAAACUGCAGGCAGUAAUGGUUUUGUCUUCUGUACUUUGAAUUUUCUUUCUGGGAGUGUGAAUGCUCUCUUGCUGCAAGUUUGUUCGUAAGUUUUUAAUAAGCAACUAGUGUGGAACAAUGAAAUUAACUUGAAGUAUAGGUCAUUAGGAAUUUGAUAAGUCUGACUGCCUUUGCUUGAUUGAUUUAUAGCAACCAGCAGAAUGAGAAAGAAGGAAAGCUACCAUGUUUAUUUGGGGCAUGGAAUUUAUGGCAAGAUUGCUUGAGAAAAAACAGGAUCUUUUAUGUAUAACAAGGCUUGAGGCUGCUUAAAAAAUCUCCUUUCAGCGGCACAAAUGAGGUGGGGAAAUAUCUGCUAGCAUGCUUAUUGUUGAGAAUUUGACAAAGGACUGCUUCCGUGUAUCAUGAUGUCAUGGUUAACUUGAGUUAUUGCUGAUUGCUGAGGUUCUGCACACAUUGAAUGGUACUAUGUGCAUUUUAUAAGCUCAUUUUGCAUUCAGGAGCCAAUAUCUUGAACUCGGUGUGACUAAAAUGCAACAAACAUUAUGAGAAUAAGGAUUCUGGCAGGUAAGCUACUUAUCACAGCAUGGUUACAUGAGAUUUAAUAAAAGCUUCUUGGCCAUUUAUUCAUUCCUUCAAGUGUCUGCCUUCCUUAAUGCAAUGGGCAAUUCCUUCCUGAUGUUAAGAGAUGAAAUAGAACAUGCAAAGUUCUAGGAAUAUGGCAUAGUUCAACCCGUACGAGAACUGCCUGAAUGUUAAUUGUUCUGAAAUGAAGAAAAUCCCAUUCUUGAAUUGUGAUACAAUUGGAUGUAACUUACAGUCCAGUUUUACAGUUCAUGAUUCUGCAAACUUUAUUAUUAUUGUUAUUAUUAUUGAUAUCUUUCCACGUAAUAAUUGCUUAAUUUGAAGAAUAAAUAUCUGACUUUUGGCUGGGAUAGUAUAAUUGUGGGCGAUGAACCUAAAAGACAAUGGCUUUUCUGCCUUGUUUCCUGGUUCCUCUAGAAGCCUGUUCAAGACUUUUAAUCCUGAAAGGAUCUCCUCUUUUGACAUCAACCCUGCUUUAUUGAACCAAUAUGUAAGUAUUCUUCAAUGUCAACAACCCAUCACUGCAGCAGAAGAUUACGCCUCCGGCACAUUUGUCUCUAUCUGUCCUGCAAAAUUGUUGGUUCCUCCCACGUUAAGUAAAUAUUGUGAAUGGUCCUCUUGAAUCUUAAAAAUCCCAUCGUUUUCUUCAGGUGAUUCGAGCUUAAAGAAGUAAUUUUUGGUUGGAUUUGCAUUAAUUAUGGAAUAAUCUGCAGUUUAUGUUAAUAAUGCUGAAAAAAGAAAAAAGCUUCAGGUCUUUGAACAUGACGAUACGGAUUAGGAAAUCUGGAUGUUGAGGUUUUAUUCUUGUACCCUGAGAGGGGGCCAUAUAAUGCAAGCAUUUGAUUCAAACAUUUGGUUCAAUACUAAAUGCCUAUAUGUUUGAACAGGUUUGAAUUCCCUUUCCUCGGUCAAGCUUGAAGGCACGUGGGAAACAAUUUAUGUUGGCUUGGCAUAGCCAUAAAAAUCUUUACCCACCGGAAAACAACGGUCACUAGAACUAUUUAGUUCAUUUACCCCCAAAAAAUUAUCUAUUCGAUCCCUUUCUAUCAGAUAACUUCACCGCCAUAACCCAGGAUGUAUGUCAAAUAUAUACUGGUACAAUGAAAGAAAACCAUCGUGCUAAUAUAAACUAAUGGAUUUUGAUUUGUCACACUCAUAAAGUAGAUCCCAUAAUUAUAUAAAAACAGAAACGUUGUAAUGCUCCCUACCCUAAUAGUUCAGUGCCUGUAUACUUGUUUCAUAUUCAAGGAGGCAAGCUAUCUUAAUCUCUUGUCAAUCAACAGUUCUACUGCAAAAGCUCUGAAUAUAUAGUUUGAUUUGAACAAUCUGCAACUUGAAGAAACCCUUCACAAAACUAGCCAUAAAACUAGGACAAAAGGUGGGACCUUGGUGUAAAAGAGGAGGGGAGGGAAUUGCUUUUAUGUGUUUGUUUUAGAUUUCUUGGUAUGUAUGAAACGGUAUUAGGGUUUGUAACUUACUUGGGGAAGAAGACAAUUAUAAGAUUGAAAUAUAUCUUUUCAUCUUUAGACAUUUAAACAUUAUUAAAAAUAUAUUUUACAUACGCGUCAUUUUAAGCGCGUUUUGCGCUAAAAAGUAUACUAUUAAAACACGCUUUAGACAAAAAAGACUCUUAGUGGUUGGACAAAAUCUCCUGUAAAUCUUUUGAUGAUAUUAUUAUUAUUAAAGAGAAUCUUAUGAACACGCGAUAUUUUAAACGUGAUUUUUAAAUUAAAAAAAUAAAAAAAUGUUUCUUAUUGAUCAAGUCAUAUCUUUCUUGUCUCUGUUAUAUCAUAUUAAGAGAAUCUGAAGUUGAUAAACAAAUAAUACAAUAUUCUCAAUGAUAAUAAUUAAGAGAACUAUUAUGUGGUCGAAAUUUUCAAGUUUGAGUUCGACUACUCACCAACGAUCCCACUGAAAUUAGAUUGAAAUUUGAGAAUACUCAUUUCUUAUCUCUAAAAAUAUACUUUGUUCAUACUAAAAUUGACUAAGAUCUGAAGAUAAAAAAGCAUUUAUGAGGUAGAUACAUAUUUGAAGGAAAUAAUUACACAAGAAUUUUAUUAAUCCUAUUUGUUCAUUAAUGCAGAUUUUCAUGCUUCCUAGCAGAUCAUCAACCUGUAUGAAGUUCUCCCAUAAAUAACUGUAUGCACAACAAAACUACCCUUAUGAUUAGUUGAAACACUUUUAAUAUGAUUUCCUCUUUCUCCUAUAGUUAGAAAGGAGAUAAUUGCAUCUUCCUACUAGCCUACAAUGAAUCUUCCUGUACACAUAUUGUCAUUUAAUUGCAAGCUUAAAUGCUGCAAAAUUAUGCAAUAUGCAUACAAGAUAGAUACAAAUAUUAAUUAAUAGAAAGUUGAGAUGAACAGGAAAUUGAUUGGGAAUCGAAUAUGUACUUCUUAAUUAUCUCCCAUCAACAAAAAAUAUGGUCUAAUUGCCAAGAAAUUCUGCACUCUCUCUUAGUUAAUUAUAGUGCUUAACAAAGAAAAUGAAAAGAUAGAAGAGUUAGAUUUGUUGAAGUUUUGAUAUUUUAUGCUGUAAUUUUGAUGCUGGAAAGAUUAAAGAAUCGAAUUUUCUACAUCUGAUAUUUCUUAGUCCUCUUGUACCAUUGAUUUGAUCUUUGCUUUAGUGCUAUGGCAGCAUUUUCUUUCAAGUUCUUUCACCAUAAUGGAACCUUUGGUUAUUGAAAGUAACAUGAAGCC